CGCAACUGAACUGAGAAAUCUUCAUCAUGAUGCCCCUUUCCGUGAACAGUGAUAGUAAAUAUUUUCUUAUUAGAUCUCGGAUCCACCUCUCGGCAUUUUGAAAGCGUUUAUCUCGUUUCUGUUAAUAUUUGCUUGUAAGUGCAAUUUGGAGUGAAGAUAUGGAUUCGUCUACAUUGCUUUACAAUAGGCUCAAGACUGCGGAGCCAUUUUUCUUGCUGGCAGGCCCAAAUGUGAUUGAAUCGGAGGAGCAUAUUCUCCACAUGGCUAAGCAAAUUAAAGCCAUCAGUUCUAAACUUGGAUUGCCCUUGGUUUUUAAGUCAAGCUUCGACAAAGCUAACCGAACAUCUUCUAAGUCCUUCCGCGGCCCUGGCUUGGCUGAAGGUUUGAAGAUCCUUGAGAGGGUGAAAACAACAUAUGACCUUCCAGUAAUUACUGAUGUGCAUGAGACAGUACAGUGUGAAGCUGUUGGUAGGGUGGCGGAUAUAAUUCAGAUUCCUGCUUUCUUGUGCCGACAGACAGAUCUGCUUGUGGCAGCUGCAAAGACUGGAAGAAUUAUCAACAUCAAGAAAGGCCAAUUUUGUGCUCCUUCGGUCAUGGUAAAUUCUGCUGAAAAGAUUAGGAUGGCUGGAAAUGAAAAUGUCAUGGUUUGUGAGAGAGGCACAAUGUUUGGCUAUAAUGAUUUGAUUGUUGAUCCACGAAACUUGGAGUGGCUGAGGGAGGCCAAUUGUCCUGUUGUUGCUGAUAUAACACACUCACUUCAACAACCUGCAGGGAGAAAGCUGGAAGGAGGUGGUGUUGCCAGUGGAGGUCUCCGCGAACUGAUACCUUGCAUUGCCCGGACAGCAGUUGCUGUUGGUGUGGAUGGAAUCUUUAUGGAGGUGCAUGAUGAUCCACUAAAUGCUCCAGUCGAUGGUCCAACACAAUGGCCUCUACGUCAUUUGGAGGAAUUGCUGGAAGAGCUCAUGGCAAUUGCUCGGGUUAGCAAGGGGAAGAAGCAGUUCCAAAUUGAUCUCACUCCAUUCCGUCCAUGAGAAAAGAACAUCAAUUGUAGAUCUGGCCACUCCUUACAAUGGCCGGAGAGCACCAGGUUCCACUGCAUGUUUCUGCUUUCACGGCCAGGACCAGGCACAAUCAGUAAACAAUUAUGCCGAAUAUUAUUGAUUUCAUGAUUUGUAUCAGCAACGCUGCUUGUAAACUAGUCAAUUUAGAAACUCUGUUCUCCUUUCUCUAGGUUUGAUACACUACCAUUAUCUAAGCAAGUCUCAAUUGAAGUUAUGACUUCUAAUCUCCCAUGUUAGUGGAAAUACUGCUGUUAUUUUGAACAUUUAAGAAUUAUGACUAGUUUAUGUGUCCGGCUAUCUAGGGUACAAAAGGAUUGUUGUUGCACUGAGAAAACGCUUCUCACACCUUUAACUUCCUAUAGCAACGCAACAGCGAUUUUCGUUUA